AUGGCCAGCCCGGAGCAGUCUGCCUCGAGAGAAGCUCUUGUGAUUGUGGGUUAUGUCGUACCUAUGGCCGGGAUGCUGUUGACCACGGGAAUGAGGUUGAUGGUCAAGAUUCGAGGUCAGGAUGACAAGUUUCACAUGGAUGACUACCUGAUAAUGCUUGCAACAACAUUGGAAGUGGCAUACUCAGUGACGAUGAUGGCAUGUGGUUUGGGUCAUGGUUUUGGCAAACAUACCUCCACCGUCUCGGUGAAGGACCUGGAAGUCUUCGUAAAGGGAGAAUAUGUUGCUAGUCAUCUCUGCAACUUGGGUCUCGCGUCGACCAAGCUUGGUAUCCUCACCCUAUACUACCGCAUUUUCCCUGUGCAAUGGUUAUCAAGAACAGUGAUAGGAUGCGCGAUCUUUAUCUGCCUUUGGAUAACAACUAUUGAGAUCUACAUGGGAGUGCUCUGUCGGUCACUGCUCAAUUCUUCGGCUCUGUCAUACUACAUUAACUGCUCUAAUAUGCUUACGGACAUAUUCAUCUUCGCCUUACCAAUACCUGUCAUUCUCCGGCUCCGCACGACCUCCACCAAAAAGAUUGCAUUGUGUAUCAUUUUCUCUAUUGGCUUCAUCACAUGCGCCAUUAGUGCAGCCAGACUAGCUUAUGUCUUCGCACAGAACUCUAGUGACAUCACCUGGGAGGGUGUCCCCUUGGCUGUUCUAUCCGCUUUCGAAUCCUUUGGGGGCAUCCUCUGCGCCAACCUCCCGAUCAUUUACCGGCUCUUCCGCUCAGCCGCUCAGAAGAUGACCAGCCGUACUGGCAAUAGCUCGUCCGCCCCCAAGACACCUCACCGACAGUACGGAUACGGAUCGAACAUGUACGGCUCGAAAAAUGUUGAUCGAAGACCCCGCGGCGUCAGUGCAGCUAAUGAUGAACAAUGGAUUCGACUACCGAAUGGCAACCUGUCCCACGGAACAGCCCAUGAGACUGGAAAUACAAUUGUGACCCAAGUACAUGAAGACUCACACACGGAGGAGAGUGAAGAGGAUACGAUAGAGCUGGUAAUGAUGCCGAAGAAUGCAAUCACGGUUCAGAGAGAGUUCCACCAGAGCGUGGAAGAUAGCAAUUCGUCCUAA